GGUACGUUUCUUGCUUGGAGGUCGCCAUGGAGAAUUUAAGUUCCUUCCUCCACCUGGAUAUGCCCCUUGCUUUGAAGCUGUCCUACCAAAAGAGAAGCUGAAAGUGGAGCACAGUCGGGAGUACAAGCAGGAUCGUAGCUAUACGAGAGACCUACUGGGUCCCACUAUCUCUCUGUCACAGGCAGCUUUCACUCCAGUUCCUGUAGAUACUAGCCAGAUUGUUUUGCCUCCUCACCUGGAAAGAAUUAGAGAAAAGUUAGCAGAGAACAUCCAUGAACUUUGGGUUAUGAAUAAGAUUGAACUUGGCUGGCAGUAUGGACCAGUUAGAGAUGACAACAAAAGACAACACCCAUGCUUAGUGGAGUUCUCAAAAUUGCCAGAACAGGAAAGAAAUUAUAACCUGCAAAUGUCACUUGAAACACUGAAAACCCUGCUGGCAUUAGGCUGCCAUGUUGGAAUUGCUGAUGAACAUGCUGAAGAAAAAGUGAAAAAAAUGAAACUUCCAAAGAACUACCAGUUGUUGAGUGGAUAUAAGCCUGCUCCCAUGGAUCUGAGUUUUAUCAAACUGACUCCCUCUCAAGAAGCUAUGGUGGAUAAACUGGCAGAGAAUGCUCACAAUGUGUGGGCAAGGGACCGUAUAAGGCAAGGCUGGACAUACGGUAUCCAGCAGGAUGUGAAGAAUCGACGAAAUCCUCGCCUUGUACCUUAUGCUCUUUUGGAUGAUCGGACAAAGAAGUCAAACAAAGACAGUCUCCGGGAAGCAGUCCGUACCCUUCUAGGCUAUGGUUACAACCUGGAAGCUCCCGAUCAAGAUCAUGCAAUGAGACUGGAUGUGUGCAGUGGGAUAAUGGAAAAAUUCAGGAUCUUCCGCACAGAAAAGACUUAUGCGGUGAAGGCUGGGAAGUGGUACUUUGAGUUUGAGGCAGUUACUUCAGGAGAUAUGAGGGUUGGCUGGACCAGGCCUGGUUGUCUGCCAGAUCAGGAACUUGGCUCGGAUGAAGAAGCUUUUGUUUUUGAUGGCUUUAAGGCACAGCGGUGGCAUCAAGGUAAUGAGCAUUUUGGCCGCUCUUGGUUGGCAGGAGACGUUGUUGGAUGUAUGGUUGACAUGAAUGAGCACACUAUGAUGUUCACCUUAAAUGGUGAAAUCCUGCUUGAUGACUCAGGUUCAGAACUUGCAUUCAAGGACUUCGAUGUUGGUGAUGGAUUUCUACCUGUGUGCAGCCUGGGCCCAUCUCAAGUUGGAAGAAUGAACUUCGGAAAAGAUGUCAGCACUCUAAAAUAUUUCACUAUCUGUGGCUUACAGGAAGGGUAUGAACCCUUUGCUGUUAAUACAAACAGAGAUAUCACUAUUUGGCUGAGUAAAAGGCUCCCUCAGUUUCUACCAGUGCCACAAAAUCAUGAACAUAUUGAGGUGAUGAGAAUUGAUGGCACCAUAGACAGCUGCCCCUGCCUGAAGGUUACGCAGAAGUCCUUUGGUUCACAGAACAGUAAAACAGACGUCAUGUUUUUUCGAUUAAGCAUGCCCAUUGAAUGUGCUGAGGUGUUCUCCAGAUCAGCUGCAGGAGGGUUGCCAGGCUCUGGUCUUUAUGGCCCGAAGAAUGACUUGGAGGAUUAUGAUGCUGAUUCUGAUUUUGAGGUUCUAAUGAAAACUGCUCAUGGUCAUCUAGUUCCUGACCGGACAGAAAGAGAAAAAGAUGCCACAAAACCAGAGUUAAACAACCAUAAAGACUAUAGUCAAGAAAAGCCUUCACGUCUUAAACAAAGAUUUAUGCUCAGGAGGACAAAACCAGAUUAUAGCACGAGUCACUCUGCACGGCUUACUGAGGAUGUGCUAGCAGAUGAUAGGGAUGACUAUGAUUAUUUGAUGCAAACUUCCACGUACUAUUAUUCAGUGAGAAUAUUUCCUGGUCAAGAACCUGCUAAUGUCUGGGUGGGCUGGAUUACAUCUGACUUUCACCAGUAUGACACAAGCUUUGACUUGGACAGAGUGCGUACUGUCACAGUUACACUGGGAGAUGAAAAAGGGAAGGUUCACGAGAGUAUAAAACGCAGCAACUGCUAUAUGGUGUGCGCAGGAGAGAGCAUGAGCCCCGGACAAGGACGUAAUAAUAAUGGUCUGGAGAUUGGUUGCUUGGUUGAUGCUGCCAGUGGCCUGCUGACCUUCAUGGCUAACGGCAAGGAACUAGGCACUUACUAUCAGGUUGAACCAAGUACAAAGUUAUUUCCUGCUGUAUUUGCUCAAGCUACAAGCCCCAAUGUUUUCCAGUUUGAAUUGGGAAGAAUAAAGAAUGUAAUGCCAUUAUCUGCUGGGUUAUUCAAAAGCGAACACAAAAACCCAGUCUCUCAAUGUCCUCCACGUCUCCAUGUCCAAUUUCUGACGCAUGUGCUCUGGAGCAGAGUGCCAAACCACUUCUUGAAGGUUGAUGUCUCUCGGAUCAGUGAACGUCAAGGCUGGAUGAUACAGUGCCUGAAUCCUUUGCAGUUCAUGGCCCUUCACAUUCCCGAAGAAAACAGAACAAUUGAUAUUUUAGAGCUGACAGAACAAGAAGAAUUGCUGAAAUUUCACUACCAUACCCUCCGAUUAUAUUCAGCUGUUUGUGCUUUAGGCAACAACCGAGUGGCCCAUGCUAUGUGUAGCCAUGUGGAUGAAUCUCAGCUCCUGUAUGCUAUUGAGAAUAAAUAUAUGCCAGGAUUAUUACGUGCAGGCUACUAUGACUUACUCAUUGACAUCCAUCUCAAUACCUAUGCAACUGCCAGGUUAAUGAUGAAUAAUGAAUUUAUAGUUCCAAUGACAGAUGAGACAAAGAGUAUUACUUUGUUUCCUGAUGAAAACAAAAAACAUGGCCUGCCUGGUAUAGGACUUAGCACUUCAUUAAGACCAAGAAUGCAAUUCUCUUCUCCGAGUUUUGUAAGCAUUAAUAGUGAAUGCUUUCAGUUCAGUCCUGAAUUCCCUCUGGAAAUCUUAAAGGCCAAAACCAUAGAGAUGCUGACUGAAGCUGUUCAGGAGGGCAGCCUCCAUGUCAGAGAUCCAGUUGGAGGGUCUACAGAAUUUUUGUUUGUCCCUCUCAUCAAGCUCUUUUAUACCCUCCUAAUUAUGGGAAUCUUCCACAAUGGGGAUCUGAAGCACAUCUUGCAGUUGAUUGAGCCCCGCGUUUUCAAAGAAGCAAUGAGCCAGGAGGAUGAAAUUGAUUUCUCAGAGAAGAAGCUGAGUUCAGAGGAGCUUAAGUCAGAAGAAGUAGAAGAAGAAAACAGAGGAGAGCAAGUGCCAAAGGAAGGACUCCUUCAGAUGAAACUUCCAGAACCUGUUAAAUUACAGAUGUGUCAUCUACUUCAGUACCUGUGUGAUUGCCAAGUACGACACCGAAUAGAAGCCAUUGUAGCAUUUUCGGAUGAUUUUGUGGCCAAGCUUCAAGAGAAUCAGCGCUUCCGGUACAAUGAAGUAAUGCAGGCCCUGAACAUGUCUGCUGCUCUGACAGCUAGAAAAACAAAAGAAUUUCGAUCCCCACCUCAGGAACAGAUUAACAUGCUGCUGAAUUUUAAAGAUGAUAAAAAUGAUUGUCCUUGCCCUGAAGAAAUUCGGGAUCAACUCUUGGAUUUCCAUGAAGACCUAAUGACACACUGUGGGAUUGAACUAGAUGAAGAUGGGACCUUGGAUGGAAACAGUGACUUAACCAUUAGGGGUCGUCUCCUAUACCUUAUGGAAAAAGUUACAUAUCUGAAGAAGAAGCAAGCUGAGAAGCCAGUUGAUGAUGAUGCUAAGACAUCCUCUACUCUUCAGCAGUUGAUUUCAGACACAAUGGUACGCUGGGCCCAGGAAUCAGUGAUAGAAGACCCGGAGUUAGUGAGGGCCAUGUUUGUAUUGCUACAUCGCCAGUAUGAUGGUAUUGGUGGCCUGGUUCGAGCCUUACCGAAGACCUACACCAUAAAUAGUGUGUCUGUGGAAGACACAAUCAAUCUACUGGCAUCCCUUGGCCAAAUCCGUUCCUUGCUUAGUGUCAGAAUGGGGAAGGAAGAAGAGAAACUUAUGAUUCGUGGAUUAGGAGACAUCAUGAAUAAUAAAGUAUUUUACCAACAUCCAAAUCUCAUGAGAGCUUUAGGCAUGCAUGAAACUGUCAUGGAAGUGAUGGUAAAUGUGCUUGGUGGAGGAGAAUCCAAGGAAAUCACUUUCCCAAAGAUGGUGGCAAACUGCUGUCGUUUCCUAUGUUAUUUUUGCCGCAUCAGCAGGCAGAAUCAAAAAGCUAUGUUUGAUCAUCUUAGCUAUUUAUUGGAAAACAGCAGUGUUGGCCUUGCCUCUCCUUCUAUGCGAGGAUCAACGCCUUUAGAUGUUGCAGCAGCCUCUGUGAUGGAUAACAAUGAACUUGCACUAGCUUUAAGAGAGCCUGACCUGGAGAAGGUGGUUCGCUACUUGGCUGGAUGUGGAUUGCAGAGUUGUCCUUUGUUGAUUUCUAAAGGCUACCCAGAUAUAGGAUGGAAUCCAGUUGAAGGAGAGCGAUAUUUGGAUUUUCUUCGUUUUGCUGUAUUUUGCAAUGGAGAGAGUGUGGAGGAGAAUGCUAAUGUUGUAGUCAGACUGCUUAUCCGUCGACCUGAAUGUUUUGGUCCAGCUCUAAGAGGAGAAGGAGGCAAUGGAUUACUUGCUGCCAUGGAGGAAGCAAUACAGAUAUCAGAAGAUUCAACAAGAGAUGGACCUUCCCCAAGUAAUGGAUCUAGCAAAGCCCUUGAAAUGGAAGAACAAGAAGAUGACACUAUUCACAUGGGAAAUGCAAUCAUGACCUUUUAUGCUGCUUUGAUUGAUCUCUUAGGACGUUGUGCCCCUGAAAUGCAUCUAAUCCAUGCUGGGAAAGGGGAAGCCAUUAGAAUUAGAUCAAUUCUACGUUCCUUGAUUCCACUGGAAGAUUUGGUGGGAGUAAUUAGUAUCCCUUUCCACAUGCCAACCAUAGCUAAAGAUGGUACUGUGGUGGAACCUGACAUGUCUGCGGGGUUUUGCCCAGAUCACAAGGCAGCCAUGGUUUUGUUCCUUGACAGGGUCUAUGGAAUUGAGGACCAGGAUUUUCUUCUACACCUUCUUGAAGUUGGCUUUCUGCCCGAUCUUCGUGCUGCUGCUUCCUUAGAUACGGCUGCUUUAAGUGCUACGGAUAUGGCUUUGGCUCUGAAUCGAUACCUUUGCACUGCAGUCUUGCCUCUGUUGACCAGAUGUGCUCCUCUCUUUGCGGGCACAGAACACCAUGCUUCCCUCAUUGAUUCCUUAUUACAUACGGUGUACAGACUCUCAAAGGGAUGUUCUCUUACCAAAGCUCAGCGAGAUUCUAUUGAAGAGUGUUUGCUGUCUAUCUGUGGGCAGUUGAGGCCUUCCAUGAUGCAGCAUUUGCUGAGAAGAUUAGUAUUUGAUGUUCCUCUAUUAAAUGAACAUGCAAAGAUGCCUCUGAAG